AGUUAAAGAAUACACCAAAACAAAGAUUAGCACUGGCGGGCCUUAUAUCAUAUCAUGUGGAGAUUCAUGCCCAAUGUAUUUGAUGGUUGAUGGAGAAGACAAGAAACUAACCAUCACAUACCAAAAGACAGAGGCAGAGGCAUUUUCCAUAAUGACUGUAAAUGAUAGACUUAAUCACCACGAGUUAGAAUUCUCCCUAACUAGCAAUCUGUACCAGUUCAAGAAGAAG